UUUCAACCGUGCGCAGGCGCACUGGAGGAGGAGGCGGUGGCGGCCGUGGACUGCCCUCAUUCUCGCCUUCCGGAGGCGAGGAGGGAGGACGCGGGCCGGGGAAGGAAGGCCGCGGCGACGGAAGGGUCCCGGCCCAGGCCCAGGAUCCAUUUCCUGAGUACAGCACGAUCCACUCCAGAGGAAAGGUGUGCCUUGGAUACAGUCUCUCGCCCAUUGAUUGGCAGACGUAUUUAGUCUGGAAGGAAAACAUCUAUCAAAUGGACAGUAUGUCUAUUACCAACACACCAACAAGUAAUGAUGCUUGUCUGAGCAUUGUUCACAGUUUGAUGUGCCAUCGACAAGGAGGAGAAAGCGAAACAUUUGCAAAGCGAGCCAUUGAAAGUUUGGUAAAAAAACUUAAGGAGAAAAAAGAUGAAUUGGAUUCUUUGAUUACUGCUAUAACUACAAAUGGUGCUCAUCCUAGCAAAUGUGUUACAAUUCAAAGAACAUUGGAUGGAAGGCUUCAGGUGGCUGGUCGUAAAGGUUUUCCUCAUGUAAUUUACGCACGGCUAUGGAGGUGGCCUGAUCUUCACAAAAAUGAGCUCAAACAUGUCAAAUACUGCCAGUAUGCUUUUGAUCUGAAAUGUGACAGUGUUUGCGUAAAUCCAUAUCAUUAUGAGCGUGUUGUAUCACCUGGCAUUGAUCUUUCAGGAUUGACUCUGCAAAGUUCUGCACCUUCAAGCAUGUUGGUGAAAGAUGAGUAUGUUCAUGAAUUUGAAGCGCAGCCAUCACUCUCAACUGCUGAAGCCCAUUCGGUUCAGACUAUCCAGCAUCCACCAAGUAACAGGGCAUCUACUGAAACUUACAGCACCCCAGCCAUGUUGGCUCCUUCUGAGUCUAAUACUACCAGCACUACUAACUUUCCCAACAUUCCUGUUGCUUCUACAAGUCAACCCACCAGUAUGUUGCCAGGUAGCCACACUGAUGGACUCUUACAGAUUGCUUCAGGACCUCAGCCGGGAACACAGCAGAACGGCUUUGCAGCUCAGCCAGCUACUUACCACCACAAUAGUACAACAACUUGGACUGGUAGUCGAACUGCAGCUUACACACCUACCAUCCCUCACCAUCAGAACGGACAUCUUCAGCAUCACCCACCUAUGCCCCAUCCUGGACAUUACUGGCCAGUUCAUAAUGAGCUUGCAUUCCAGCCUCCUAUAUCAAAUCACCCUGCUCCAGAGUAUUGGUGCUCAAUUGCCUAUUUUGAGAUGGAUGUGCAAGUUGGUGAAACAUUCAAAGUUCCUUCAAGCUGUCCAAUUGUUACUGUGGAUGGAUAUGUGGACCCUUCAGGAGGGGACCGCUUUUGUCUUGGUCAGUUGUCCAAUGUCCACAGAACAGAAGCCAUUGAAAGAGCAAGGUUGCAUAUAGGCAAAGGUGUCCAGCUAGAAUGUAAAGGCGAAGGUGACGUGUGGGUUCGGUGCCUCAGUGAUCAUGCAGUCUUUGUUCAGAGUUACUACUUAGAUCGAGAGGCAGGACGUGCACCAGGUGAUGCGGUUCACAAAAUUUAUCCAAGUGCAUACAUUAAGGUGUUUGAUUUACGUCAGUGUCACCGUCAGAUGCAACAGCAGGCUGCUACAGCACAGGCUGCAGCUGCUGCUCAAGCGGCCGCAGUAGCAGGAAACAUCCCUGGGCCAGGAUCUGUUGGGGGAAUUGCUCCAGCUAUCAGCUUGUCAGCAGCAGCUGGGAUCGGUGUGGAUGACCUCCGCCGCUUGUGCAUCCUGAGAAUGAGCUUUGUGAAAGGCUGGGGCCCCGAUUACCCGCGGCAGAGCAUUAAAGAGACUCCGUGUUGGAUUGAGAUCCACCUGCACCGGGCUCUCCAGCUCCUGGAUGAAGUGCUCCAUACCAUGCCGAUUGCCGACCCCCAGCCACUAGACUGAGACCCCGUUGCAGCUCUUAGCUCUUCUAGAGUGAGGAUGGUGGAGUGUAAAAUACCAUUUUGUUUAUUACUGGAAGAUAUAUUUUACUUCCAUUCUGCUUAAUCUCUUAACCAGGUUUUAAAGAGAAAAUGUCUUUGCCACCUUGCUCUCAGCAGAAAGAAUAUGAAUGAGUUCCCCACCUCCAGAUUUUGCUUCUGAGGUUGUGGGAGGCUGGCGUCAACCAGCCGUCUUUUUAUCGUAAUCCUGGUGCGAUCACUGCUUUCUGCCUAGGGAAUCUUGCUCGGCUCAAUGGAGCCUCCUCCAAAUUCUCACUGAGGCACGAUACUGCCACUUUAAACAAUCCUAUGCAUUUCAGGGAGCCCAGAAAUGGAGCUCCGCUUGUGCAGUUCUUCAGGCUGCCCUUGAAUCCACCCCAAAUGAGCAAAAUCAUGUUGAUUAUUCUAAAGGGAGGAUUUUCGUGCUCUGCAUUACUAUGGCACUGGAGCAUCUCUCAUAGGGAGACUCCUGCAUGUAAAAUAUUUAUGUACACAUAUUCUUUUAAAAUACACUAAAAGGAGAUGGGCUUCAGAGCUGGCACUAAAUUCAAGUGCACCAUGAAAUAUUCAACACAGAGAAUUACCAGUGAAAUGACAUAACAAAUGUCUAAUGGCAGGAACAUAUUUUCAUCACUAUUCCCAACUGAUUUUUUAACUACAGCAAAGAGCCUGUUAAAAUGUUUGCAGUUGAGAGGGCAUGAAUAUGUGUUUUACAGAACUUGGAGUGCCAUCUUUAAACUUCAUAAUCACGUUUAAUGGUUGCAUCAUUGAGAACCCAGAUUUCUUUUUUAAUCUUUCGACAUUUCUACUCAGGGCAAGAUGGCAAACUUGUUUUUAUACCUCUUGGUUAUUUUAAGCUCUUUAUUCCAUCAACAAUCUUAUCUAUUUGCAUUGACUUUGUAUAGAGAAUUUCAAGUAGAAGUUGGAAAUGUAUUUGGCUGUAUGACAGAUGCAAUAUUAUGCUUUCUCUAGUUAAUAAAAAUAUUGGAAAAAUUCUCCAAA